GCGGCGAGCGGCUGAGUCGGCCCCUCCGAGGCGCUCGUUCUCCCCGUCCUUCUACCUCACGCAGCAUGUCGGGCCGCGGCAAGACCGGAGGCAAGGCCCGCGCCAAAGCCAAGUCGCGCUCGUCGCGCGCGGGCCUGCAGUUCCCGGUGGGCCGCGUCCACCGGCUGCUGCGGAAGGGCCACUACGCCGAGCGCGUGGGCGCCGGCGCGCCCGUGUACCUGGCGGCCGUGCUGGAGUACCUGACGGCCGAGAUCCUGGAGCUGGCGGGCAACGCGGCCCGCGACAACAAGAAGACGCGCAUCAUCCCGCGCCACCUGCAGCUGGCCAUCCGCAACGACGAGGAGCUCAACAAGCUGCUGGGCGGCGUGACGAUCGCGCAGGGCGGCGUGCUGCCCAACAUCCAGGCCGUGCUGCUGCCCAAGAAGACGAGCGCCGCCGUGGGCCCCAAGGCGCCGGCGGGCGGCAAGAAGGCCACGCAGGCCUCGCAGGAGUACUGAGCCGCCGCCGCCCGCCCGCCCCGCCACCCAAAGGCCCUUUUAAGGGCCACCACGGCCCUCACGGGAAGAGCUG